CACACCGAACGACUCUUGAGACCCACGAGAAGUUCAUUGAAGAACUACAUUUCGACACAAUGAGAACUUUAUCACGCUUGUUUGCUAGUUUCCCACUUCUUGCGGCGUGUUUUCUGGCUGUUUCUGUCUCCACAGCGAGCGCUGACUUCUGCAAAGUAAAUGUGUGUUUGAAUGGAGGUACCUGUGUGUCUGGAGCAGAAAAAGAUUCCUACAUCUGCAUUUGUGCUGACGGCUUCACUGGAAACACCUGCAACGAGACUCAGAUUGGCCCCUGCAACCCAAACCCCUGUAAAAAUGAUGGCGUGUGCGAGAUCAUCUCCAACUCUCGACGAGGAGACGUUUUCAGCGAAUACAUCUGCAAGUGUCCAGUGGGCUUCGAGGGAAUCCACUGUCAAAACAAUGUGAAUGACUGUGCGGGUCAGCCCUGUCUAAACGGAGGCACCUGUCAAGAUCUUGAUGGGGACUUCAACUGUAAAUGUCCCUCGCCCUAUGUUGGAAAACACUGCAAUCUGCGAUGCAUCUCUCUGCUGGGAAUGGAAGGAGGAGGAAUUGCUGAGUCUCAGAUCUCUGCAUCUUCAGUGUACUAUGGCAUUCUGGGACUGCAGCGAUGGGGACCCGAGUUGGCUCGGCUUAAUAACAAGGGACUUGUUAAUGCUUGGACCUCUGCAACGCAUGACAAAAACCCCUGGAUUGAGGUCAACCUGCAGAGGAAGAUGCGCUUCACUGGCAUCAUUACCCAGGGUGCCAGUCGCAUGGGCACAGCCGAGUUCAUCAAAGCCUUCAAGGUGGCGUCCAGUUUGGAUGGAAGAACCUACACCAUGUACAGACCUGAGGGCCAGAGCAAAGAUAUGAUUUUUGUUGGUAACAUGGACAAUGAUGGGACAAAGACGAAUUUGUUCGAGCCUCCAAUCAUCGCUCAGUUCCUCCGGAUUGUUCCUGUGGUGUGCCGUAAAGCCUGUACUCUGAGAAUGGAGCUGGUCGGCUGUGAACUCAACGGUUGCUCCGAGCCGCUCGGCGUCAAGUCUCGGCUCAUCAGUGACCGGCAGAUGACAUCGUCCAGCGCUUUCCGCACCUGGGGCAUUGAGGCCUUCACCUGGCACCCGCAUUACGCCCGUCUGGACAAACAGGGCAAGACCAACGCCUGGACGGCAGCUACAAACAACCGCUCCGAGUGGCUGCAGGUGGAUCUGCUCAGACCAAAGCGCAUUACAGGAAUCAUCACACAAGGAGCCAAAGACUUCGGCAAUGUGCAGUUUGUAUCUGCCUAUAAAGUGGCUCACAGUGACGACGGCCAACACUGGACGAUACUCAAAGAAGACAAGACCAAAACAGAUAAGAUCUUCCCUGGCAACAGUGACAACAACGUGCACAAAAAGAAUGUGUUUGACCCGCCCUUCUACGCGCGAUUCGUCCGCGUGCUGCCGUGGGCGUGGCAUGAGCGCAUCACUCUGCGAAUGGAGCUGCUGGGCUGCGACGAGUAAACCCCGCCCACUUCUCUCUCAACCUCUCCUCUCUAUUUCUCCUUCUCCCUCUUUAUACUUCCCAUCAUUCCUUCUUUUCUCAAACACACCUGCACUGCCUCACUCUCAGCAACAGAGGUCACCAUCGCCACACGAGCCAAACCACCACCAACAACACACUAAGCUCAAACCCACAGCGUCACCCUUCCUAAAACAAUUCAAUACUUAUAUACAGUGUUCUCCGCUAAUAUUGGCAGCUUUGGUAAGUAAAACUAUAUUUUAAAAUAUAUGUUUAUAUAUAUUGGCAUUAGUGAAUAUGAGCAAGGAAUACUGGGGUGAAAAUGAGCGAGUUUGUCUUGAUAUUACCUCAUAUUUAUAUUUUAAAAGGUUAAAUAUCAAUGUGAAUAUACUUAUUCCUUGAGGUCACAAUAUUUGUGGCACAAAAAUGUGACCCUAGACAGCAAAGCCAGUCAUUAGAGUCUAAAAAGAGUUUUUUUUUUUAAAUACAUUAUUUGAAUCUGAAUAAAUUAGCUUUCCACUGAUGUUUGAUGUAUGAGGAUAUUACAAUAUAAGGUUGUGAUACAACUGGUAUAACAUCUACAAUCUGAGGGUUAAAAAAAUCAGAAAAUUGCUUUUAAGGUUGUCCAAAUUAAGUUCUUGACAGUGUAUACUAAUCAAGAAUUACAUUCUGAUAAAUUUACUGUACACUGUAAAACCCAAAAAGUUAAUGUAACUCAAAACAGUUGAGGAAACCAAUUGUAACAAACCAUUUAAGUUUAAAAACUAAUCCUAAUGACAACUGUGAACUCACUUGAUUUUAAUAAAUGGAUCAGUUUGACAGUAAAACCAGAUACAUGAAGAAAACUCAAACCAACUGAGUACUGUAAAACCCAAUAAGUUAAGGCAACUCAAACCAUUUGAGUUAAAAAAACUAAUCUAUAAGAGUACCGUGAACUUACUCCAUUUAAGUUGAAGUAAUGAAGUAUUUAAUUAAUUCAUUAUCUUCAACACUGAGUUCAAAACUCUUUUCAAAUGAGUAGAAUUAAUUUUCAGUAAAUUUUGAGUUAACUACACUCCUUUCAUUUGAUAAAGUGGAAAUAUGAUCUUUGCUUUAUAUUUUAACGUUUUUUGGCAUUAAAGAAAAAUGUAUAAUUUUGACCCAUAAAAUAUGAAAUUAAGCAAUAUAUUUUCAGGCACGUAGCCAGCCUGGUGAAAGCGGUGGUUCUUUUUUUUUAAGUAGAUUUUUAUUUUUAUUUUAUUUUUUACCUCAUUUUGAAUGUGAUUAUGAGGUUUAAAUACUCCAUUCUGUGACAUUUUAGGCACUAUUUUCAGCUGGAUUGGCUUGUUGGAUGAUCAUCAAAACCACGAUUUUUGAUGGAUCAAACGUCUUUCUAAAAAUAAAGAUUAAAACACAAAUUUAUUACAUCUUAUAUCAGUAGAAAAUAAAUUUCAGACAAUUGUCAUUUAUUAGGCAAAUCACAAACUGGCCAGCACAUUCAGCUUUCAUCAGUCAGAAUUUUAUAUUACAGAGCUUCACAAUAUUUUCCAAGUCUAAAAAGUACAUUUGAAAUUUCAUGGAUAACCACAAAAGCCUAAUUAGUAUUCAAAUUAAUUGCUAUGUGAUUGAUAAUUUUUUUCUAUCAAGAAUAAUGUCCAAGAUUUAGAAUGAAUUUUUUCUGUAUUUAACAACAACAACAAAGUAGUUGACUUCACUUAUGUCACAUUCUGCUUGGUCUUAAAGCCUUCGAUGGGUUAAUUCCACAUUUUAUGAUGGCAUAGCUGUCAAAAUAGGACAAAUGAGCUCAUGUAUGGGGCAAAUUCUGGACCUUUGUCAGUGGGGGGUGGGUGAUAAAAUGUAUCUUUUUUGUUAAUAUGUUGAACAAAAGAUUAAAUGAUAAAAAUACAUAUUUACCAAAGUUGCCAAUAUUAUUGGAGGACACAUUAUGCCAAAGUGACAAUUCACCCAAAAGUGAAAUUCUGUCAACAAUUAUGUUUUUCCAAACCUGUUUGAGUUUCUUUCUUCCAUUGAAAAAUAAGAUGAAGAAACUUGUAAACCAGUAACCAUUGACUUCCAUAGUAUUUUUCCCCAAAUAACAUUGUUCAUAAUAUCUUCUUUUGUGUUCAACAUAAGAAAGAGACAUACAUGGUUUGAAACCAUUUGAAGGUGAGUAAUUGUUAAUGUUUAAACUACCUUCUUAUUAUUUAUUCACCCCUAUAAGUAUUUCAGACCUAUUAAACAGCCAAUCAUAAAGAGGUGAUCUUGUAAAUAAAAGUAACAGUUUAUUACUUUUCAUAUCAAUCAGUGUGUUAGUUUGCUUGUAAAUGCAUUCAAGCUGUUUUAUAUCCCACCGUAUGAAGUAGUUGAAUUAGGUAGUCCGAAAAUAAUGUUGUGCUCUUUGCUGAUUUAUAUAUUAUGUAAGGAAAGCUGCCAUUUGAUCUGUUAAAAACAAUGUUUGCUUUAAAUCAAGUUUUUUUUUUUUUUUUUUUUUUUUUUACCGAGCUGCCAUAUUUUACAGAAAAUAAGUCACAGCAGGUCAAAAUUGAAUUUUUGAGAGGAAAAUCAUUGCACAAUUACAUUUUUUAUCAUUUAAGAAUUAAUGUAAAGUAGGGUAUUACUCACACAGACUAUUUGAAAUUUGAUAAUUUGGAUCUUCUAGAUUUAAUAGGUUUAUAAAUGUUUUAUUAAGAUUUAAUUUGUUUAAUUUUACAACCUUUCUAUAAAAGAAUUUGUCAUGUUUUUUUUUUUUUUUUUUUAAAUGACAUUUGGUCAAACUAAUAAAUGUUUUCAUUUGUUCAGAUUAAAACUAAAUCAGGGUUAUUUAAUCAAAUAUUGAUUUCUAAACUUCUGAAAAAAUGUAAACAUUCAUAUUGUUGAAAAUAUUUAUUUAAAAUCUAAUUAAAUGGUGUUUUGUAAACCUUUUUGUGAGGUUUUUGUUACCCCGAAGUGAUGAUAUAAAAACUGUGACUUAUAUUCCUGAAAGUACGGUAAAGCAUUUUUACAACCUCAACUACAUUAAAAAUGUGACACUCAAUUGUCUAUUAUUAUUAUUAUUAUUUGAUGAUUUUAUUUGAUUUUGGUGCCUCAGAUCUCAGGUGCAGUUGAAUCAAUUGCAGUGUGCUACUGAAUUUAGUAGAUUUUUUUAGCGUAAUUUUAUAACAUAUCAAUUCUGGUACAAACAAAAACCACCUUCAAAAGCCAAAGCGGUCUCAUAUUUCUUCUGUUAGCAAUUUUUUUUUUAUAAAGGGCCACACAUUUACAGUAUAAGCUUUGACGUCCCAGUCGUAUAAUGAGAUGUAUGAUGGGAGCAAAUCUAAUUUCAGGAUAAUUUCUACGGUGGCACUGAAUCUGGAAUAUGACCAUCCAAUUUCCAUAAUGUUUUCAAAAUGAUUGUAAUCCCCCCUUGGCCCCCGAAGCAUCCACUCGAAUAAAUUUACACUUUUGGGCUUGUGCAAUAUGAUAUGAGUAUUAAUAUGAAUUUAAUAUUAAUGGAGCUUAAGGAGAAAAUAUACGAGCAGUAUUCUCUGUAGAGAUUUGAAGUGGUUUUCAAGGUAACAAACACUGAAGAAUAUUCUAAUAAUCCAGCAUGAUUUAGGCUGCAUGUUUGCUUUUGAUCGAGUCAUUUUCAUUGCAGUAAAGGACUUUAUUUCUAUUCAGUGUGCUUUUUCUUUUUUUGUAUUAUUUUUAAAUGCCUCGCACUGUAGCACAAUUCUUGUGUUCAGAUUGUUUAGAUGCAUUUCCUUGGUAUCUCUUGAAAUAUUUUCCUCAUGUUUUCAACUGUAGAAAGAAAUAAAGAAUAUAUCAAUAUUUA